AUGCCCGAACAAUUCGAAGUAGGCUUCCAGCCUCCUGUCUCCCAUCAAGAUCUGCCCAGCAGAGAAGGUGACUUGCCUGUCGAAGCCAUCCAUGACAAGCUUCCAACCGCAGAUGGCGGAUGGCAACCGUACAAGGCGGCCGGCAAACUCGAAGGAAAGAAGGCUUUGAUCACUGGUGGUGAUAGCGGUAUUGGGCGAGCUGUUGCUAUCCUGUUCGCCAUGGAAGGCGCAGACAGCUUCAUUGCCUACCUACCAGAAGAAGAGAAAGACGCCCAAGAGACAAAGAGUCAGGUCGAGAAGCAUGGCAGGAAAUGCUACACCAUGGCCACCGACCUCACAAGCCCAGAGAAUUGCCAAAAGGUUGCAGAUGCUGCUAGGAAAGAGCUGGGACACGUCAACAUUUUGGUCAACAAUGCUGCUUUCCAGAUGAUGCAACAAGACAUCACCGACAUCACCAACGACCAAUGGACAAAGACCUUCAAUACCAACAUCCACCCAUACUUCUACCUCGCAAAGGCCCUGGUCCCUCACAUGAAACGAGGAGAUACUGUCAUCAACAACGCUUCGAUCAACGCUUACAUUGGUCGCCCCGAUCUCCUGGAUUACACAUCCACCAAGGGAGCUAUUGUCGCCUUCACCCGUGGUCUGGCAAACCAACAAGUCAGCAAAGGCAUCCGUGUCAAUGCAGUCUGUCCUGGUCCAGUCUGGACACCCCUCAUCCCAGCUACCAUGGACAAAUCGGCGCAAGAGCAAUUCACUGCUCCUCUCGGACGUCCUGCACAACCAAGUGAGAUCGCUACUGUCUUCGUGUUCCUGGCUGGCCCAGAUAGCAGCAUGAUGUCCGGACAGAGUCUGCAUCCCAACGGCGGUACUGUGGUCGGCAGCUAG